GUACAGAAGUAAAGUACAAUAGUAAUGAAAGUAAAUUUCAAAAAACUUUUUAAGACUUUUUAAUUAAAAAUCUUAGGAUUAAUUUAAAAAAGAAAUUAAAUUUUCUGUUCACAGUACUAUAAAAUUUCAAUUAAAAAAAAGUUAAAUUAAGUGGAGAACUCUCAAUUUUACUAACCCAGAAAAAGUUUUUUUUUUUUAUUUAAUAUACGCUUUCUAUUGUAAAACAAGGUGUAGAGCAUGCGAAGAAAAACCAAUAUUUUGGAUAAAACCAUGAUGUGAUAUUGCAAAAGAAUAUGUAGUUAUUUUCAUAUAAGCAUCUGUGUCAGAAUGAUUAUCUAGACGUAAAAUAUAUCAAAGAAGCUUUGUGGUGUUAAAAAACUGCUUAAUAUUUUUUAUUUUAUUAUUUUAACCGGAUGAUUGUGAUGACACAAGUUUAAUAUAUUUAAAUAACAUAAGGAUUAAUUAUAAAUUUAAGGAUGUUCGGAAUUUGUAAUUCAUAAAAUGCACUAUACCAUUGCCGAAACUAUUAGACAUUUAUUAAACUAAGGAACUAGGUUUUCUCCAAUUUAACUGAAGUCUAUCUGCUCAAUCUUUCGUGUUGUUUCAUGUCUAUAUUAUAGGUAUUUAAAUAUAAGAAGAAAAAGAGAAACAAGUUAUCUCAAUAGAAAAUAGUAUUUAGAUCGAUUUUGUUUGAUUUGGUACUCCAUGUUACAUUAAUGAAGGUUGAAAAUAAGGAUUGAGAAUAAAAUAAGGCGACUUUGCGGAAUAAUAAGUUUAUAACUUUAAUUAAGAAAAGUUUAGAAAGAAAAUUUCACUAUGUCGCAAGGUGCUGAAGUCAACACAGGAAAUAAUGAGAAUAUUCAGAAUGAAAAUAUUCACGGCGAUUAUCACUGGGCAAUGGUAAUGGACUCAUCCCGUGUUUCAACAUGCCUGAUAUCAAUGUUGCUUAUUGUUUAUGGCAGUUUUCGCAGUUUAAAUAUUGAACAAGAAUCAAGAGAAAGACAGGAAAAGAAAAAGCAAAAUGAUGACAUGACGAACUUAAUAACAGGAGAAUCAGUUUUAAAGGAACAAAGUCGUUUUGCAACUUUAGAUGCAAUGCAUGCUCUGUGUUUGCCAUUGGGUGCAUCAGUGUCACUAUUAAUAAUGUUUUUCUUCUUCGACUCAAUGCAAUUGCUCUUUGCUGUGUGCACGGCGAUGAUUGCAACUGUAGCUUUGGCAUUUUUAUUACUUCCAAUGUGCCAAUACAUAUUACGACCCUGUACAGACAGUAAUCGAUUUUCAUUUGGAAUUUGUGGCCGUUUUACUGCAGCUGAGUUAUUUAGUUUCUCGUUGUCUGUGUUGAUUGUUUGCAUAUGGGUUUUAACUGGUCAUUGGCUGCUUAUGGAUGCAAUGGGGAUGGGUCUAUGUGUUGCUUUCAUUGCAUUUGUGAGGCUGCCGUCAUUAAAAGUUUCAACAUUAUUAUUAACCGGUUUACUUAUCUAUGACGUAUUUUGGGUAUUUUUUUCAUCAUACAUAUUUAGUACAAAUGUUAUGGUAAAGGUUGCUACACGACCUGCUGAUAAUCCUGUUGGAAUAGUAGCUAGAAAAUUAAAUUUGGAUGGAAUUGUUAGAGAUACUCCCAAAUUAAACUUACCUGGCAAAUUAGUAUUUCCCAGUAUUCAAAAGAGUGGACACUUCUCAAUGCUGGGUCUUGGUGAUAUUGUAAUGCCAGGUUUGCUACUUUGUUUUGUUUUGCGUUAUGAUGCGUACAAGAAGUCACAAGGUAUAACUUCGGAGGCUGGAGGAUUGUCACCACCGAAAGGAAUGGGUUCAAGAUUAACGUAUUUUCAUUGUUCCAUGUUGGGAUAUUUCCUUGGUUUGCUUACGGCGACGGUGAGCUCAGAGGUUUUUAAAGCAGCACAACCUGCCUUAUUAUAUUUAGUUCCAUUUACGUUAUUUCCAUUAUUGACGAUGGCUUAUUUGAAGAUUUUGUGUAUAAUAAAUUUCAUUCAUUUUCUGUUCAACCUAUUAUUAAAGUGAAAAACAAAUGAAGUUUUCUAUUCCAUAUUGUUUAAAAUAGUUUCAAAAGCGCAGAGAAAUUUUUAUUUAUAAAACGAAAUUAAAACGCUGCGUUAACGCAACGUUAAGGUUAUUUCAAAAAUUGCCAAAUUCAUUUUUAAAAAUUUUUAAAUUCAUAUCGUGUAUGUGGAAUCUUUCACGUAAGUUAUUUUGCUAAACGAAAAACAUGCCAUAUUUUGUUAAAUCCUGAUUUACUUUACCUUCAUGUUGAUUAUG